AUGAGUUUAUCACCAGAAUGGCUUCUGCGGCGCUCGCAUUUUCUGCGCUCGGCUGUCCAAGCUUGUCUCGGCCCGUUUGACAGCGACGAGGCUGCCAAGGUUGUACCACUAUCAGAGGCGAUCCGGCUCCGCAUUUCUGCCUGUCCCGCUGCACCGACGACAUUGGUGACGAAAUCAACCACUGAAGGCGCUGACAGUGAGAACAGUAUCAAUGAAGUCGUAGCUGAAGAUGUGCCUUGCUCCCGCACUGCAUCCUGCAAAUGCACCGAGUGCAAAGCAGCCAUGGCUGCUGUCAUGGGCUUUCAAUCAGGGGCGCCAGUGGCUGCGCCUUCAUCCCGAACGGACCCUCAACGCGAAAUGCGACAAAAGUUUCUGCAAAUGUCGGCUGCCGAACGAUCUGAAGUUUUGUGCGGCGAUGACCAGACGUUGGCGAAGGCCGUGGGCACAUGGCUACAGGACAUGAUUGGGGCGACCUCCGCAACUCGCACGCAAAUGCAACCCCAGGAAGCUCUCGUUGCAGCCCUAGAUGAAACAGCGAUUUGGCAGCACGAAGCUGCUCGACGUUCAGCCAACGUCGCAGAAGAAGAAGAAGAGAAGGUCAUCUUGCCUUUUCGCUCCGACACAGUUUUGGCUGCACUCUUGCGUGGUGGUGGUUUUGAAGCUGUUGUGGCACUUUGUGGUGGCCCUGCGGACUGUACCCGCUGGCGCGCUCUCUCUUUGCUGCUUCAUUGCAGGUGCUGCGACGGAAACCAACUUGCCCAAAGAACUGCCGUGCCGUUCCUAGAGCCAGACGAGUAUGCAAGCUCUCCUCGCAUACAUCACCUGUCAGACAAGGUUUACACCCAAUUCUACGACGUUGACGCCUGGCUUGCGCCAAUGGUGGAUGCGGGGUUAACUCCGCAAAGUCAGCUGGUGGGGUUAACACACCUCGAGCUCGAAGCCCUCGACCAAGCGUGUCAAGUUGUAAGCAAACGAGCUGCAACGUUGCCCGCAGAACCACAUGACACGGCAGAUGCGGUUUGGGACUACCUUACCACUCACUGCAGUGCGGCUGAUGUCCUCGUUCAACUUGCAAAACGUCUCGACGUAGCAUCGCGGACACUCCACCAGAGCGCUGCAGCAUCAUCGUCAUCAUCAGACUCGUUUUUUGUGAAAUUGAGCACACGGUCUCCCAAGGAUUCAUCCCUCUUUGCUGCUAGAGCUGCCGCUGCUGUUGGUCUGGACGCUCAAUGCGAGGGCUCGCCCAUGCGAGUGGAAUCUGGCGGGGAGGCAAUUGCUUUGCUGACGACUUCCGAGCGGGUGCGCGCCGAUGUGCGAGAGACUCUACUCCUGGCUGCCCCAAGCACUCUCACGUCCAGUGGUGACUGUGAGUUAGCCACGCAUAGUUUGAUGUCCGUUGUGGUACGAGAGUGGUGGUAUGUACCGCGUUGGACCGAAAUGCGUGGUUUCGUGCGCCGGGCUAGCGCCAGGCACGGGAAUCGAAGACGCCUUACUGCCCUUUCAGUGUACAACAUCGACGACUCGCCACUGGACCAGUCUUCAUCCUCGGACAAUGCAUUGGCGAAAAACGCCAUGCAAGUGCGGGCUGCGCUGACCAAGUUUGUUGAGGCUCGUCUUGAUUCGGUCCUUGACGCGGCGGAUCUUGACCACGCCGUUGUCGACUUUGCUCUGCGUCCCUGUGACACGGAAGCCGUGGCAGACUUGCAACUGCCAAGCAACCUGCAGCGUGGUGACAGCGGCGGUAGUGCUGCUGACAGUGCAUUUUGUGCCAGGUUUCAGAUUGUCGUGCUGGAGCUCAACUCGUUUGGUUUCCGCAGCAGUGGAGCGCUCUUUGACUGGCGCGACGAUGAGGAUGCCACAAUACUGUUCGAAGGGGCGCCUGGUGGUGGACCACCACCAUUCCGAACCCAAGCAGGUGAAGUGUGA